AUGUCGCUAGAUCCAAUCGAAUUGGAGUGCCGACUCGACAUAUUGAACUCCCACAGCGAAAAACUCAUGAAAUGUCAGUCGAAAAUUGAAGAAAUCGGCGAAGAAGACAUUGCCCGUGGAGAGUUCGAGAACUUAAUUGUAGAAACAAAGUCCAUUAUAAAGUCGAUUGUGGCGAGAAAUAAAUCGCCAAUUGCCGAAACAUCUUUUAUUGUACCUCACAGCUCGCGACUACCAAGCAUGUCGUUACCUACAUUCAAAGGAGAAUAUUACGAAUUUAAAAACUUUAUGAGUCUGUUUGAGAGUUUCGUGCACAAUGAUUCAACAAUGACGGAUAUUAAAAAAUUUAAUCAUUUAGUAUCAUGUCUAUCCGGUGAAGCCUUAGGCACAGUGAAGUCCUUCCAAAUGUCGGAAGACAAUUAUCCAAAGGCGUUGGCAAGCUUCAGAAAGGUUUAUGACAUUAAAUACCUGAUAUUUUUUAACCCAGUGUCGAAACUUUUUGAAUUGUCAAAAAUCCAAAGGCCUUCUGCGUCAUCUUUGCGAUCAAUGAUUGAAACCGUGUCUGCAGUAUAUGACUCCCUUUUAUCGCUGGGUGACGAUAAUCUUAUUUCAAAUGCGAUAUUGAUUCACAUAGUCAUGUCGAAGGCUGAUACCACUACUCGGUCAAAGUGGGAGGAGCAACUUGACUAUGAUAAGCUGCCGCUUUGGGCUGAGUGUGAAGCUAUGCUAAAUAAGAGAUACAAGCAUCUAUCAGCUGAAGAAGCUUCCUCGUGCCAACCAAGGACAAACAAUGAAGAUACGCGGCAGAAAACAAAAAAUCAACAACUGCGACACUCCAAACUGCCGACUUACCUUCAUUGUGGUUCUAAGGACCAUUAUUCAAUAGCUGGCCGGCUUACUGCACUUAAAAGAUUUGAAUUUGCAUAA